UCAACCUGAGAAUUUUAUUAAUGAAGACUAACUUACGGUACGGUGGGUUUGAUUUACAGAAAGAAGCCCAACAAUUGGUAGAUGGGGCCUCCCAGCCCAUACAACAGUCCGAUCCCAGCCCAACUUGAUAUGGGCAGGUCCAUUGGCCCCUUGUGCGAAUGAAACUACACCCUGCAAUCUUCCCUUCACGUUUCAGUUGCCAUAUUCUCUCCACCAGCCGUACCUAUUCUGCUCGAUCCUCGUCUUUCGCCGAGAUCCCGAGCCACUUGAGAGCUCUUUGAAUCCCAAGCCAAAUAGCCCUUCCUUGUGCGCAUCCUUCACAGUCCUUUUUCCCAACGAGAGAAACCGAUUAUGAACUCUGCCUUCCAAUCUCUGAUUAGACCUCCGAUGCUUAUUCCUUGCUCUCCCAUUAUGCCGGCAUCGGAAUCGAGUUUAAACACACCCUCCAGUGGGUUUUGCCAUACCCUCCCGAUGCUGGUUGAUUGCAUGCAAAGGGAGUUCUUUGUACACCUUCUCAAUUCAUUCCUUGCAUUCCAGAUCAUCCCCGACUUCAAAACAGUCGGCUUCUGUGGUUGGUCUCUUUAUCCGGCAAGUCCAGUCGCAGUAGUGACCAGAUUCACCCCACUUGGUAAGAUUCCUCUCCCUAUUUUCCAUGGUAGAAUCCUUACCAUAGGCUGGAUGGGCAGUUCCCAUAGCCUGAUCCAGAACUCAGGUUUAUACAUUGCUUCAUAGUUAGGUCUAUUAUGGUUUGCUCCCUUAUGAAGAAGAUAUGCCGAUUUAACUGCCAAGUUUCCAUUUUUACUUUGUGUCAAACCAGCAUAUCCUCUUCGGCCUGGUUAGGUAGAGGAGUAUGACUUAUAGCUUGUUGAUCGGCUUCAUUAAACAACAGCUUCAGCUUGUUAUAAUCCUAGUCCCCUGUUGUUUGAUCAAUCAGAUUAUCAACAGUUGCUGAAUGAUCAUAUAUGCCUUGUAAGUUCACUCCAACACUUCUAUUCUCGUGACUCGAACAACAGCUCUUCUACUCCAUGCUGGCCACUAAGCAAUCAUCAAUCUCUUCUAUUGUCGAUCAAGUCUUCCGGUGAACUCCAAUCCAUCCCCACUUUUUCUCAUACCAGCUUGUCCAUGUUCGGGUACUCUGCUUUAGGAUGUUAUUUUACUAUAUGCUUUUUCAUUUGGUGAUUUUAUUUCAGAUACAUUUUCGGGAAGUGAUUCCUGUGGAGUUGGUAACAUGUAAACAAUGAAUGACAUGUGUGAUCUUGGUUUUAUAUGCUAUAGUGGAGCAUGUUGGUGUUGUGAAAACUCUCUUGUGGAUUGAUAUUGAGGCUUGUUCCUUGCAUAUGGUAGUUGAAAAGCUGAGAUGAAAAAUGAAAAGAGGACCAUUUGAUGCUUUAUUUUGUAGCCCUUUUUUCUUAAUUUUUUGUUGCUUGUACUACAAAUGAUGGAUAUGUAGUGGAAGGCAAUUGUCGUCAUUAAUCUGAAUUGAUGUGUCUUUCAUUACAGGUGUUGAACGAGAGGCAUACUAAAGAUGGAGAAAAGAAUGGUGAUUGCCUGACUUUGCAAGAGUUGCAUCAGCUGGCUGAUUGCACAAUUGCAAAGAAGAGCAAGUGGAGUAGUGCUAUAGAAUAGUUGCAGCAGCUACCUGAGGGCACAAUUGCAUACAAAAACAAAAGAGCUAGGUUUGUCUCUUUCUGUUGGAUGCUGGCUAGGUUCGUCUUAGAGAGAAGUUUGUGUUGAUGACCGAACAAGAGCAAAAAAACACGGAUGGUGGCUAGGUUUCAGUCCUGGCAAGCAGCGCCUUAACAGCAGCAGCAGCCUCCUGACCAGCGCCUGCAGUAGCAGUAGCAUCCUGACCAGCAGCUGCCUCGGCGCGGGCAGUUACAACACCUGGUGGAUUCUUUAUUUUCAUAGCCUCCCUGCUCUCGGAAUUUUUCCAGAAAUAGCACAUUUAAUUUUUUUUUUUACAAAAAUAGCACCCACCCGAAAAUACUUACAAAAGUAGCACCCUUUUUUAUGGAGCGCAUCUCCAACGUGCGUUUUAUAUGUAAACCGCAGCUGGAGGGUGCGUUUUAUAUAUAAAUCGCACCUCUAAGGUGCGGUUGAUUAUCCAUUGCCAAAAUUGCAUUUUGGCCAUGAGGUUUUUGGCCUGACCUACAUAAACCGCAUGGCCGAGGUGUGGUUUUGGCCUGACCUAUCAAAAUCUCACCUUGGAGAUGCGGUUUGCUUCUUCAAAACAAAACCGCACCCCACUGUGCGGUACGAAGGAAAAUUGAUCAUCUCGCCGUUCGGACAGAGGCGUGAACCGGGUCGCCCGAGGAAAAAGAGAAUUCAAAACGAAAUGGAUCAAAGUGGAAGACCACCACGAGGCACAAGACGAUGUUCAAUAUCCAAAGUUCCAGGACAUAAUAAAUGAAUGUGUCCAAGAUCG